AUGGUCGGCGGGGAUGGCAUCGAGGGCGUUCACGCCCAUACGGAUGGAUCAUACCCCUAUGCCGCCACUGCGUCCAAGUCUCUAAAUCAUUGCCAAUGGAUAUACGUUCCUACCCCACCCGGCGAUAAAAUCACGGCAUGUCGUGAAGUUGUUCUGGGCUACCAUACGGCAUUACUGUUUCGCAGGGAGCUCUCUGGUAUCGGUUGGGUUGGGGGUCUAUUUUGUCUACGGUACAACAGCCAUCAGACCUACAUGGUAAAUGAGCACAGCAUCAUGCCCACGGCACUGGUUCUUCAUCUCAAAAUGAACCGCGAUGGUUCCUAUCAGAAACCAUCAGCACUUUCUGUUCAGUUCAGGGUUAUCGUGACCCUAGCAUCGGUCAACCAAGUCCCGUACCACGGUUGCGCCCACGCGAUGCUCACUUGA